AUGUCAACUGAGGCAAGUUUGUCCGACCAUGGAGGUCAACGAAUUUUCAGCGGCAACGAUGAAGAUCCCAAAGAGUUUAGAAGAUGGAAAGCAUGGGUCAGUAGCAAACUUCUGACCCUGUCAACGAAGAUGCCGGAGUCUGCAAAGGGCGCCUUCAUCUAUACGUUACUGUCUGGGAAAGCACUGGAAGCAGUAGAACACCUAGAACCAGAGAAGUAUCAGAAGGAGGGCGGAGAUAAAGUUCUUCUGGAUCUGCUGACCAAACGCUUCCCCGACAAGGAUGCGUCUGAUGAGAUGUCCGAGAACUUGACGGAUGUUUUCAACCUGCGUGCCAACGAGGGUGAGGCCUUGAAGGCAUGGAUUAGGCGUGCAACAGAGGCCUUUGACAAACUGCAACGAAAAACCAAUGUGAGCUUUCCGGAAGAGGCUCGUGGCUGGGUCAUUCUCCAUCGAUCAGGGUUGACAAGUGAACAGCAGGCGGUAGUGCUAGCUCGAUCACUGGGUGUCAUGAAACAAGAUGAAGUAGGCCGAGCUAUGCGCAGCUGUUAUCCGGAGUUUUCCUGUCCCAAGCGCAAGACCUAUGGUGCAAGUCUGGUAGAGGAUCAAGAAGAUGACAGCUCUCUGGAUCAUGAAGAUGCCCAAGCCUUCGAUGAGGUUGAGCAGUUCCUGGCGGAGCACAAUCAGGUUGAUGAAGACGAAAUCUUCGAUGAGGCUGAGAUGGCCGAGGCAUUAGCUGUGACCUGGAAAGAGCGACGUCAAGAUCUGAAUCGAAUGCAGAAAGCCAGGGAAAAGGAUCAAGCAAAGGAGCUGCCAGCAGUUCAGGUGGCAGCAAAGGGGGUCAUCGUGAGGAUCAAGGCCAAGAUUGACUUUUGUCGUAGUGAGCUGCGGGUGUCUUGUGAAGAACUGGUCGUGCCUUUGCAAACAAAUGAGGCAAGACAGUAUGUGAUUCAGCUUCUGGACCCUCCCGAAGCAUCUAACCAGCAGUUUGAUGAAGUCAUGAUGUCGGAGUCGAGUUCUCCGAGCCCUGAACUCGAAAACGAGUCCGAAGUCACUCAAGCGCCCAUGCCGUCCCCGCCUGGGAAGUCCACAUCUCAGGACGAUGCUGCAGGAAAAGAUCUGCCCGACGGAGUGCCUUGCCGUCCACCAACAGCGUCAGCUCAAGGUGACAACACCAGUAGCCAGUUCGCCAGAGGUGUGGAAGAAGCCUUAUCUGUUGAAGAGGUUGAAUUAGUCUUGCAACAACAAGCUGAAGAGCGA